AGAGAACAGCUUCCCAUAUGACAUCCUGUUUUAAGCUGGCAUUACAAGACACCUCUCUCUCUCUCCCUCUAUAAAAAAGAGCAAGGCUACCACCACAAAAGUACUCAAGAGUAGCUGUUGCACUACUUUCCUGUUUCUUUCUUUCAAUGGCUUUGAAAGCUAUCAUCUUUGUUUUGGCCUCGUUCCUUCUGGUUACAUCCAGGGGUUCAUCUAACAAUGAGGAUAACUACAUGGAGGUUGCUUCUGCUAGUGUGCUAGCUACGGCUCCUGUCCACGCCCCGGCCCCUGCCCCACUAGCACUCCUGCCCCCAGUGAAAGUUACAGAGUGCCCUCGUUUGUGUGUAGAUAGGUGCAAAUUGAACUCAAGGCCAAGGCAUUGUAAAAGAGUUUGUGGCACAUGCUGUCAACGUUGCAAGUGUGUCCCACCGGGUACAGCCGGUAACAGGGAGCUCUGUGGCAAAUGCUACACUGAUAUGACCACCCAUGGCAACAGAACCAAGUGCCCUUGAUCUGCCUCUUUACUUCCUAUUCUCUCCUUAAUGAGAUUGUCCUU